AAAUUCAUUGGCUGCAGAGUUGCCAAGAUGGAUGAAGGUUUGAUAAUAUUACUGGGGAAACGAUCUGCAAAUUUCCUCAACAUCUGCCGCUUCCUGCCACAAGACACCUGCACCUUUAACUGCUGAAAACAAAAGCAACAACCAUGCUGGCAAUGCCACUUCUACUAUUGCAUUUGGUCUUCUUUAUGGAGAUAAACGCAGUGGAAGAGACACGCUAUGGUCUGGAAGGACAGUCUGUGUGUUUGGACCCAAGAGGACAGCCUCCAUUUGAUUCUGCCAAAUGGAGCCAUGAAGAUGAGAAUAUUAUUUCAAACAAUAACAUUAAUCCUGAGUUUGAAAAGAAAAUAAAUUAUUACGAAUCCAAUUACACGUUAUGCAUCAAAACACUGGCUAAGGAGGACAAUGGAAUCUAUACAUUUUCCCAUGAAGUCAAAUUUAAGAACAUCCAUAACAAAUAUAGACUUAAAGUUCAAGCUGCAGUUCCUAAACCUGCCUUGAAUGUCACUCUGGAGCAGGUCAAUUCAUCCACAGGUGUUUGCAUCUUUACUGUGAACUGUUCUGUUCAAUACAACACUAAGAUCCACCGGCUUCAGUCCGAGUGCAACAAAGAUGGCUGCCAAUCUGCCUACAAAACCUUCUCUCACAUCAACAUCACCAUCUCCAGUGAAAAUGGAACACUUACCUGUACCAGUAACAAUCAUGUCAGCUCAAAAGAGGAUUCACGAGUGAUAGAAGAAUUCUGUUUUUCAGGUUUCAAUUCUGGACACCAAGAGCACACCAACUAUCCUGUCUGGAUAGUGACAUUUUUAGUCGCUGUUCUAUUCAUAAUCAUAAUCUUUUGUUUUGUGGCUAGGUUCAUUUUAACAAGACAUAAAAACCAGCCACGUGUGAUACAAAGUCAACCACUGGAGCAGCCUAGUCAACCAAGAAUCUCAACAUCUUCAGCUCAGGCUGACUCCUACGAAAACAUAGAUUCGGAAAACACAAACGAAAACUCAGUCUGUGAGGAGGAAAGUGACAAAGUGCGCACGAUUUACUGUGUGUUGGACCCACUGCCUACAUCAGAGGGGCCAGGAGCGAUGGACCAGCCUCAUCAAACCCAUACAGUGUACAGUGUAAUCCAAAGACCUAAAGUUUGAAGCCACAGCACCAUCUGCAGGCCAUGGCAAAAAACAACAACAACAACAAACUCUGGGGUUUCUAUACUGCAUCUAUGCAUUUCUGUCACACAGUUGGAUCACUGUAGAUGUGUUGUCUUGAGUUGGGCCAGUAAGGUGCUGAUGUAAUUAGUGCUACUCACUUGUAAUAUAAACUAAUUACUAAUAAAAAAAAAAAAAAU